AUGAGCCGCCCGUCCUCCACCGGCCCCAGCGCUAACAAACCUUGCAGCAAGCAGCCGCCGCCGCCCCAGACCCCGCACGCUCCGUCCCCAGCUGCGCCCCCGGCCGCCGCCACCAUCUCGGCUGCGGGCCCCGGCUCGUCCGCGGUGCCCGCCGCGGCAGCGGUGAUCUCAGGCCCCGGCGCCGGCGGCGGGGCCGGCCCGGUGUCCCCGCAGCACCACGAGUUGACCUCGCUCUUCGAGUGCCCGGUCUGCUUUGACUAUGUCCUGCCCCCCAUUCUGCAGUGCCAGGCCGGGCACCUGGUGUGUAACCAAUGCCGCCAGAAGUUGAGCUGCUGCCCGACGUGCAGGGGCGCCCUGACGCCCAGCAUCAGGAACCUGGCUAUGGAGAAGGUGGCCUCGGCAGUUCUGUUUCCCUGUAAGUAUGCUACCACAGGCUGUUCCCUGACUCUCCACCAUACAGAGAAACCAGAGCAUGAAGACAUCUGUGAAUACCGUCCCUAUUCCUGCCCCUGUCCUGGUGCCUCCUGCAAGUGGCAGGGGUCCCUGGAAGCUGUGAUGUCCCAUCUCAUGCAUGCCCACAAGAGUAUCACCACCCUUCAGGGAGAGGACAUAGUCUUUCUAGCUACAGACAUUAACCUGCCAGGGGCUGUGGACUGGGUGAUGAUGCAGUCCUGUUUUGGUCACCACUUCAUGCUGGUACUUGAGAAACAAGAGAAGUACGAAGGUCACCAGCAGUUCUUUGCCAUCGUCCUGCUCAUCGGCACCCGCAAGCAAGCUGAGAACUUUGCCUACAGACUGGAAUUGAAUGGGAACCGGCGGAGACUGACCUGGGAAGCCACACCCCGGUCCAUUCACGAUGGUGUGGCCGCAGCCAUCAUGAACAGCGACUGCCUCGUUUUUGACACAGCCAUAGCACAUCUCUUUGCAGAUAAUGGGAACCUUGGGAUCAAUGUAACAAUUUCUACAUGCUGUCAGUGAGGUUCCAGGAGGCUUUCAUAAACCUGAGAAGUUAUUUGGGCAUAGCGCUCUGUUUAAUAAAGUUUUUUUUAAUAGAUGUUUUAUUCGGUAUGUCUUCCCAAGUCAAGACCCACAACUGUCGUAUGUUUUGUCUCUCCGACAGCUUCCUGUCUGGCACUGAUGAAACAAAGUUCACUGGACUGUGAUAAUGGGGUUGGCCUGUUAGCGAUUUGGAGGCUGUUCUUUGAUCUCCAAUCCACUCUGUUCUGUUUACUUCCUGAACAGCUCUUGACAGAUUGCUCAGGGCUGCUCCCACCAACUCAUCCUGAGCUAACAGAAGCACAGGGCCUUUCGUGAGAUUCCUUUUCUUUUGGGGAGGUAGGAUUUGCUUUGCUGUCUUUCAGACUGGGUGGCUGACCAGUUUUCACAGAAUCACCUGUGGCACUCAUCUCCAGCACAGAUUUAGAGAAUCCAUAAAGGUGACUCUCAUCUUGUCAGAGUUUGAGGAUUGCCUACGUGAAUUGUGGGGAAGGGUCCAGGAUCUGAAGGUGCUUACUGUAAAGCUGAUACUCUGCUCAUACUGUUGGUCUCUGUUUGCUCCCACAGCCUGUGCACACACCACAUCGAAACCAGAACUCUAGAUCCCCGUGGACGCACGUCUGAAGCUUGGUUGCUCUCAUGCCUUGAGUUGAGAGUUCUCACAUAGUUAGUUCUAGCUCACCAUAGUGUGGAUGACCUGUUUACACAUGGCUUCCCCGGGAAGCCCUCCUUGACUACCGGUAGCUGAUGUGAAAGACUAGAGCAGUAGUUGGGAAAGCUUUAUAACCAGUCUCACGUGCUUGCUAUUUAAAGGCAUGUGUCAGUUGUGUGGGUUUGGGUUUUUUUGUUGUUUUAUUUUUGCCUUUUUUUUCCACACUCUAAUUUUUUAAUAAAAUUUUUUCAAAAAAUGAA